UACAUCCGGAAGUCGUGGGGGAUACAUCUCUUCGUUCACCAUGGCCACCAACCAACAACCACACCGUAAGCGUCCUCUCUCUCUCUCUCUCUCACUCACCAACUCAGCCUGUGUCUCACUCAUACAUAAUAAAAAAAGAAAAGACAAACAGACAGCAGAAACUUCUUGGUUUCAGGUUUCUUUACAGCUCAAUAUCACGUUGGAUUCUCUCGACCAAAAACCCUAGCCGUACGUACGUUCACCAAACACUGCAUGGCUUCAAGGAUUUGCAGCUCUCGAUCUCCUCCAACUCCGGACUGACUCCCCAUCCCAAAGACCCCUCUAUUUAAACCCCACACACCAUAUAUUAACUCAUAGGGUGAUCCGGAGGAGGACAGAAGCAAAUAAGUCAGCGAAAGAGAGACGGCAACCAUGCUUCCCAUCCUCCUCCUUUGUCUCCUCGUUUCCUCCUCUCACGCCGCAGACUUCUGCGUGGCGGAUCUAACCGGCCCAGAGACCCCCUCGGGCUACCAGUGCAAGAAAGAAUCUGCUGUCACCGCCGACGACUUCGUCAUCACCGGCCUCGGCGUGCCCGGCAACUUUUCCACCAUGUUUAAGGCAGCGCCGAAGACGGCCUUUGUCGCCCAGUUUCCUGGCCUCAAUGGGCUUGGCAUCUCAGCUGCCUACGUCUAUUAUGCCCCUGGGGGUUUUAUCCCCGUCCACAGCCACCCGGCCGGCACUGAACUCCUUGUGGUCACCGAGGGCACCCUCUUGGCAGGCUUUAUCUCCUCCGCCAAUAACCCCUACUAUAAAACCCUCAACAAGGGCGACGCCAUGGUCUUCCCCCAGGGGCUGCUGCACUUCCAAGUGAAUGUUGGUGAGACGACAGCGGUAGGCGUCGUGGGAUUCAGCAGCCCGAGCCCUGGGAUCCAAGUAACAUCGCCCGCGCUCUUUUCGAACAAUUUGCCAUCGGCAGUGGUCGAGAAGGUUACCUACCUUGAUGAUGCCGAAGUGAAGAAGCUCAAGAAGAUGCUCGGAGGGACCGGAUAAAUGAGAGAGCUCGCUGGCCGAGAGUCGAUUUAAUGGGUGCCGGGUUUCUUAAUUUGAGGGUGUUGUCUGUGUUAAGUGUUUGAUUUAGUCCUUAAUUUUGUUGUGGGCAUAUUGGUGGUGUAUGAAGUCCUGUUUCAGGUGUGGUCUUCUGUGGGCACCAAAUCUAAUUUUGAUGUAAUAAACACUAAUUGUUCAAUUUUUUCUCUCUUU